AUGGAACGAUCGGUAAGAAACGUGAAGCGAAUGUUGCGCGAGAAUGUUACUCGCUUUCUAGAGCACGCUGACGGACGUGAAGUGACCAUCACUGUAACGGCGCGACUUGUCAAGAAACAUCUUAGCAGCUUGGUGAUUCUUGGCCUUGGUUCACUAGUGUCCUUGAUGGCUUGGUAUUUCUUGGUCCUGAUUCAUUAG